AUGAAGCUGUUUUUCCCCUUCGUGGGGGUCGUGGCGACGGUGGUCCUGCUCCAGCCCACUGCAUCUGCCGCUCAUGGAACUCAUCCAAGUCAUCCUGCCAUCUCCAGUGCUGUGUCUAAAGCCAAGGAUCAAGUCAACAAGGCUUUUUUGGGGUCUCGGAACAAGAUGAAGUUAGUAUUGAAUUCCACCUCUCCUACAAGUCGUCAAAUGGCACAGUUCUUCAAACAGGCCAAGGGCCAGACCCGGAUGGUCAUCCGCAAUGCACAGGUGUGGGAGGAGUCCAUAAAGUUCCUAGAAAAGGAUACUGCGCUGACUAUGAUGGCCGGGCCCAAUGUCACAGCCCCUCAGGUGAACUUGGAGAAGCUUUUCCAGGAGGUGGGCUGUGACGUUCAGAUGCCACCGCUGAGAUGCCAGGAAGACAGCCCCUACCGGACCAUCACGGGCGAGUGCAACAACAGGAGGAAUGCCACAUUGGGUGCGAUCAACCGAGCCCUGGCCCGCUGGCUGCCGGCCGAUUACGAGGAUGGGGUCUCUCUGCCCCACGGGUGGAAGCCAGAGAAAAAGCGCAAUGGUUUCGUCCUCCCGCUGGCCCGAGAGGUGUCCAACAAGAUUGCCGGCUAUAUGAAUGAGAACGAGGUCCUGGACCAGCAGAGGUCAGUGAUCUUCAUGCAGUGGGGGCAGUGGUUAGACCACGAGCUGGACUUUGCCCCUGAAACGGAGAUGGGAAGCAGCCAGUACACCAAAGACCAAUGUGACGAGCACUGCAUUCAGGAAGACAACUGUUUCCCCAUCAUGUUCCCUCCUGGUGACCCCAAACUGAAGAAGCAAGGUCUCUGCAUGCCCUUCUUCCGGUCUGGCUUCGUCUGCCCCAUUGAACCUACCCAGUCUCUGGUCCGUGAGCAGAUCAACGCCCUGACCUCCUUUGUUGAUGCCAGCAUGAUCUACGGGGCAGAGGUGGGCCUGGCCACUCGGCUAAGGAAUCUGACCAGUCCACUGGGCCUUUUGGCCGUCAACCAGGAGUUCACUGAUGAUGGGCUGCCCCUACUUCCCUUUGACAGCAAGAAGCCCAACCCCUGUGAAUUCAUCAAUGCCACUGCUGGGGUCCCCUGCUUCCUAGCUGGGGACUCCCGGGUCUCAGAGCAAAUACUGCUCUCAGUUUUCCACACCCUCUUUUUACGGGAACACAACCGGCUGGCCAGAGAGCUGAAGAGACUCAACCCCCAGUGGGAUGGAGAAAAGAUCUACCAAGAGGCACGGAAAAUCAUGGGAGCCAUAGUGCAGAUCAUCAGCUAUAGGGACUACCUUCCCAUCGUGCUGGGAGACGAACUGGAGAAGAUGAUCCCAAAGUACCAGGGCUAUGACGAGGAGGUAGAUCCCCGCGUGGCCAACAUCUUCACCUUUGCCUUCCGCUUUGGCCACACGGAAGUCCCCCCGACUGUUUUCCGCUUGGAUGAGUACUUCCAGCCCUGGGGUCCCGAGCCUGAGCUUCCGCUGCACACCCUCUUCUUCAACACCUGGAGACUCGUCAAAGAUGGGGGGGUCGACCCUCUGGUGAGGGGCAUGCUGACCAAGCGGUCCAAGAUCAUGAAGCAGAAUAAGAUGAUGUCCAGCGAGCUGCGGGACCAGCUCUUCCAGCCAACCCAUAAAAUCCAUGGAUUUGACCUGGCUGCCAUCAACAUUCAGCGAGGCCGGGACCACGGACUGCCAGAUUACAACGCCUGGAGACGGUUCUGUGGGCUGUCACAGCCUCAAAAUGUGACCGAGCUGGGCGCCGUGCUGAGGAACAAAGACCUGGCGCAGAAGUUCGCGGACCUGUACGGCACCAUAAACAACAUCGACUUCUGGAUCGGGGCCAUCGCUGAGCCCUUUGUGCCCAAUGGCAGAGUGGGGCCCCUCCUGGCCUGUCUCCUAGGGAAGCAGUUCCGACAAAUCCGGGAUGGAGACAGGUUCUGGUGGGAGAACCCCGGCGUGUUCACCUACCAGCAGCGGGCUGCCCUCGCCAGAAUCUCCUUCUCCCGCCUCCUGUGUGACAACACCCGUCUGACCAAAGUCCCCAGAGACAGUUUCAAGGCCAACAAUUAUCCCCAAGACUUUGUCCCGUGCACCUCCAUCAACAAGCUCGACCUGUCCCCUUGGAUCUCCAUCAGGAGCUGAGUCUCCACAGGCUGCCCACCAUCAACAUCAUCACCGACUUCCUCCUCCUCCUCGCCAUCUCCAACAUCAUCACCGUUGGGCGGGAGAGGUUUGAACAGGAAGACUUCUGUACAGGGUCAAGAUAAACGGAUAACGAUCCCUCUAGGCGGCGGGGAGUAAAAGACAGUCGCCCGACAGGGUGCUGAUGAACAAGCACUGGACCAAAUAAACUCCAAAUAAAUGG